AGCAGUUAAGGUGUUCUAUGCAGCUCCUCAGAAACUGCCUCUUUCAAAAUGAAGAAUGCAAAAUGGCAGCACUCAAAGCUUAUCUUGUUCCUGCUCUGCAUUCGCUAUGGCCGUGGUUUUUAAUGGAUGACUCCACAAUGCAAAUAGUUUUGCAUUUGCUUUGUGUCUACACUGCAAACUGUCCUGCAGGUUGUGCUUCACUUUGUUGGACCAGUGGUGGACAAUCGUCACUUCCGUCUGCACGAAGUGCAGCUGGCAAUUCAUUAAUGCAUAACAUCUUGAAACUGGCUUCCCAAGUGUCAAAUGAUAACAGCCCAAUUCAGCAGGUGGUCUUUUGUCUUCUUUCUAACCUUGCUCUGUCUCAUGACUGUAAAGGCAUUAUUCAGAAGAGUAAGUUCCUGCAGAAUUUUUUGUCUCUUCCAUUACCAAAAGGAAGUCAUAAAAAUCCUGGUAAUGUGUCUACUCUUUGGCUAAAGCUGCUACUGAACAUAUCUUUUGGAGAAGAUGGACAGCAGAUGAUCAUGAAGAUAAAUGGUUUUUUAGACCAGAUCGUGGAAAUGUGUAAAUACAAACACAAGAGCAGCCAGCAUCUGGCACUUCUCAUUCUACAUAACAUAUGUUUUAGUCCAACUAAUAAACCAAAGAUAUUAGCUAAUGAUAAAGCGAUUGCAGUACUGUCUGCCUGUUUGCAAAGUGAUAGUUGUGCUGUUCAGAGAAUAGGAGCAGCUUCACUUUGGGCUUUGCUUCACAACUAUCAGAAGGCAAAAGUGACUUUGAAGAAUCCAUCAAUAAGGAGAAAGAUAGAUGAGGCUUAUUCUUUAGUGAAGAAAACUACUCCACAGCCAGAAGAAAAUGAGCUACAUGCCUACUAUUUAAAAUGUUUAGAGAAUAUAGUGCAGCUUCUUGAUUGUUAAUGAUCGUCAGGUGACUUCUCAUGUUGAAAUUGGACAGCUUAUUCAAUGGGAGCCUGAAAUUUAAAGAAAACACUUCUAAUUCAUGGAUUUGUGGCAGCAGCAUACAUGCUGUGGAAGAAAUUUAUGAAGCCUUUGAGGAAGGAGUUCAUCACUUUGAACCAAAGAAAUUGCACUAAGUGGGGUUCAAACUAUUUGUACCGUAAUCCCAAUGGGAAAUUGUAAUGAUGCUACUGUGUAAAGUAUGUACACAGAAGAAGGAAUCUACAGAGGAAAAGGAUGUGAAAAAUCAGUAAUUUUCUUAAAUUAUGCAUUGAAAUUGUUACUGUAAAGUAUUAGAAUUGCUGUUUUGGAGUUUCUCUUAAUAAAGGGUCUU